AUGUAGGCAGUGAGCUGAUGGAUUUCCUAGAAUGUUUCAGAUCUGCUGUGGACGUGCAGGAGUAUUUUUUGUCCAUGGAGGAUGACGUAAGACAUAUAUCUCCAGAUGCUGAUAAGCAUUGCAUUCCAACAAUAUCAGUCCUCUGAAUAGUUGGGAUUUAGUGGCUUGAUAGCCUGAUGAUACAAGUGCAGCAUCUGCAGCAGGUACAUGCAUGUAUAUUACAAACCCCACAGCUCUGGUUCUAUUUCUCAUUAAUACUGAGUAGCCUGGGAGGCAAUACGUGUCUUUAAUCCCAGCCUGUACAUGCACCUGAUCCCAAUCUAUAUUGUAUGGAGGCCAGGCUAUGCAUCCAUACUGAAACCAAUAUUGCCUGCAUCCCUGACUGAUCCAUUGUGGUGCUUCUGAGAGGCUGGCUCCAGUCUUUUCUCCUAGUAUUACCCAAUAUGCGUGUGCCUGGGCCGGUCUACAAACAUCAGCGUUUAAUAUAUUGCAAGGCAAAUAUAUGGUUGUGAGUUGAUGGGAGCUGUACCGGCAGAGCCUGGAGAUUAAAAAACUCAUCAGCCAAUCAGGUGAGAGCUGGGAGAGUCGGCACUGGGGCCUGUGUGUCACCGACUGGCGCUAUUAUGAGUUCGCUACGGCCGAUGGUGGAAAGGUGCUUAUAAAGAGUGCUUUGAAGCUAGAAAUAAUAUGCCCACAUCAAUUGCAAGAUUAGAACUUGGAUGGUGAGGUUACCAUUUUGCUUAGAUUUUCUGGACUGCAUUUUUGAGUUUCAGUUUGCAAACUAUAUCUGUACAGGAAACAUUGACCCUGGAUUCAUUGUUGUGAAGCACUGAUCCAUAGCCCUUCACAUUAAGCAACGUCUACUGGCUGCUCACAGUGGCCAGGUUUUACACCUGCACACAGUGGCUAGGUUUUACACCGGGAGGUGGUAUUACUAUAUCAGUGCUACAUGUGGUUUUUUUUAACUGAUUGAGAUGCGUUCCAGUGCAGGACUAUAGAUACAUGUACACAAGCUGUUAAAAAGAAGAGCUUUGAAGGACUGAUGACCUGUUAGUACACAGUUUGCUUAUUUCACGCUGAACUUGGACAACUUGUAGAUAGCAUCUUAUUAGAGGUGAUCAGCCGCUUCAUGAUAGCAGAACAUGGACAUUGAGCCGUAGACCGUGAUAUGAAGAGACCUGGUGGGGCUGGCAUUAUUGUAGAUGUACCAGGUACACAGUUGAUGACCUGGUAGUACUUUGUACCCACUAAACGACAACACGCUUUGGGUCUGGGUGUGUAAUCACCUGACUGUUAAUGAGUGCCAGGCCGAUAGGGAGGACAGGCAGAUACGACUGGAUGAGUUGGCGGCUGAGUCCAUACACUUACACCAAGGUUGGAAUGAAGUAGUGUCUACCACAAACACUUAAGUCGUCUUCAGACAGAGAGAACAAUUGCUGUCAUUUGGUGGUUUGUACAAUUUGUGGUUUGAGGAGAGGUCUGCUGCUUUCACAGAGACUCGCUGUCAGAGAAUUGUAGUUGGAUUUGGAUCAACAAACGAUCUUUUGCAGUGGUGAUAAGUAACUCUGAAACUUCACUGCUUGUCAAAUUCCAUAUUCUGUGUUAUUUGCCAAGGAAGUGUGUCAUACAAACUUAAAAUGGGAAAGUACUACAACAUCAAGAGUGAAGAAGGGAUCGCCAUUGAGCAACCCAAGAAGACAAUAUUUGAUAUUGUCUUCUCUUACAUCUUCAAAACUGUCAUCGUUGUCUUCAUUGUGAUAGGUUUCAUCUUUAUCAUUGUAACGGCAAGUACUGAUUGGACGGUUAACGUGGUGGGUGGAAACAAAGAAAUUUGUACUCUUUCUUGUGAGAAUGGGGACUUGAACUUGAAGCGUUGUGAAUGUCAGUGUGAGAAGGGCUGGAAUGGAUUGAGAUGUAACAUCCCCCUUCAACCAGAAAACACAUCCAUUCCGACAUGUAACUUGGAUUGUGGGGAUCAUGGCAGAGUCCAGUCUGAUCAAUGUCAAUGCCAGUGUGAUGACAACUACUAUGGUGAAUCCUGUGACAAGAUGUGUGACAAGACAUGUGACCAUGGCACAUUGGACCAUGACACUUGUUCCUGCCAGUGUAAUAUUGGUUACUAUGGUGAUACAUGCCAAAGUACAGCUGACCAGCUUUGCAAUAAUGGUAGCUACUGUCAAAAUGGAGGCACAUGUCACCAAGUGGAAGAUGGCAAGACAAGAGAGCUGCUGUUUCUUUGCAAAUGUAGCCCUUCAUUUACUGGUGAUCGUUGCGAGACUCCAAAAUGCAACCUGGAUUGUGGUGUGCAUGGUCAUAUUGAUGACACCGAAUGCAGAUGUGUAUGUGAUGAAGACUACAGGGGAACACUCUGUCAAUUGUUGGUUGAUGACCAUACAGAGCCCUGUGGACCAGAAUAUGAACAUUAUUGCAUGAAUGAUGGAAUCUGUUUGCAUCUGAAGGGUAUCAUGAAGCCAUCUUGUAGGUGUCCCAUGCUGUAUUAUGGGUUACGUUGUGAUCGUCUGGAGCCGGAACUUGACUGUGGUUGCAUGAAUGGCGGAGAGUGUCAAUAUAACGAAACAAAACAGAGAUAUGAGUGCAUUUGCCUCAAAAAAUUUACCGGUGAGCGAUGCCAGUACAAGUCCCUACCACCGGUUCGUCCUAUAGUAGGUCCACCCCUCCAUCAUCGUGCACAUCGGGUCAAACGCUAUAUGUUAUCUGAUACACAAGAUAGUUCUCGCAAGUUGAUAAUCACCAUCUGUGUAAUCUUCGUGGCUAUGCUGAUUGUCACUGGUCUGGUUGUCAUUGUUUAUGUCCGAAACAGGAACGCUCGUGAGAAAGAACGUCAGGAAAAACUUGAAGAGAUAAUUCGAGAUCAGCGUAAUGGGAUGAGACUGCGAGCCUCAUUGCAGUCAACAGGAGCUGGAGGGAGCUACCCGGCUGAUGACAUCGAGAUGACUAGUUUUCGCAGCAACCCCAACCAGCAGCCACAGGUCAAGAUGGUGUCCGAGCAACAGCCUAUCGAUCGUUGCCAAGCUGUGUCCACUGUUGCACGGAAUUGUCCAGCAAGAUCCUCUCAAACAAGCCUGCACUCCAACGCUAGUCAGGGGGACACCAGGGGCAAUUCAGCUACCAAAGGAGGUAAAGAAGGCUAUGAGGCUGUGCCAACACAGGAACCUACAAGUCCUGAGGGGGUACCAGCUAAGAAUGACUCAGAUACAUCAUUGGAAGGGCCAGGAGACCCAGACACAUUGCCUGACAAACACCCACGGGCAUCUAGUGAUCUGGGCAGUGAGAGUGAAGAAUCAGAUGGAGAGGGUGAUGUCAUUGAUGUACCAAACCCUCAGAUACAGGCCCUCCAAAACCACCUGGGGGGUAGCGACCAUGACAGUGGGGACUACACAUGGGAUGAGCAUAGUUCCCCUGGGUUACGGAUAACAUCACCGUACGCACAUGAUACGUCACCCUUGCAUCAACCAAGAGGUAGGGGGCACUUGAAUGGUGUUGAAAGCAACAGGUCACCUGAUCAAGUCAAUAUCCAUGAAAAUCCUCUGGAGAAUCCAGGCUCCAAGACGGAUGCAAUGAAUAACGUCAUGUCUGGCAGUCCUAAGGAUGCCUACUAUGCUGACAGGUUAAAAGAUGUGGUAGAAGGCAGCCCACCGUCAGCCGUUUGAAGCCAUUCACAUCUUUGCAUUGUAAGAUAAAGCCUUGAUAUUUAUAUUUGAUAAGUGUAUAGAGAGCCUACUGUUCAAAGUUUGUGUUUAACCAGAAUGACAAAUCUCACAAGUGAGAUGAUACGUUAUGAGAGAUAAGCCAAGUGAAGAAGAAAUGGGAGAUAGGUUUGCUUUUUAAAAUAGAAUUUUGCAAGUUGUUGCUUUUGGUAGUUUUCAUUGGUUGUAACAUUUUUAUACAAUUUUCUCCAUUCCAAUGAAUGGGUUCAAAGAAAAAUGUUGAGAUUGAAAAAUCACUGUGUCAAAGUGUCUAGCCGGUAGCCAGGAAAGGUGAUUAACCCUGCCAACCAGGGGAGUUGCUAGAACAUUUUCAAAGGGGGGGGGGGGG